AUGGCUUCUGCUACAGCUCCCUUGAAGGAAGUCGUGACAGCGGCGAAACGAAUUCUCAUGUGCCGCCCUACCUACUUCCAGCUGAGUUAUUCGAUCAAUCCCUGGAUGGACAUGCGUCGAGGAGUCAAUCGCCCUAAAGCAAUGGAACAAUGGGAAACGCUUAAGAGAACGCUGGAAGAUUGUGGAGCUCAGGUGGAAGUGAUGGAAGCUGAUGGAGCUGAGUCUUAUCCCGACAUGGUCUUCUCUGCUAAUGCUGCUGUAAUCAAGGGGAAUCGUGCCUACCUGGCUAACUUUACCCAUCCAGAACGAAAAGGAGAAAGGUAUAAAAUCCAUUUUCCGAAAUCAUGCCUCAGGCUUAUCAUUCAUAUUCAUUUCGAUAUAGCAAAUUUCUGUGACGCUACAAAGCGGCUUUUGUAA